UGACUUAAGUUUAGAGGUGAACACAACAAUACUAAAGGCAUUUUGAAUCCCAGCGCUGAGAGAGCUAACUAAUUUGGGGUUUUGAAAACUGAGUGAGAAUUUCUCUACGUUUGUCUCACUGUUGGGCAAACGGAAGGAAUUCUUAGUUCUAGUAUUGUAUUUAUGCAUGUCCAUCAGGUUGUACUGGUUGUGCCGUCAACCCAGAAAGUCAAACCCAGUGAGAGAGUGCCACACAAGAUUUACCAAGUGCCUUGUACACCUGACUUCUUGGAUGAAAUGAUACGACUUGAACUUGAGGGGAACAAAGUACAAUUGAUGCUGAAAGCAAGUGAGGUGAUACCUACCAUGUGUGAAGGUCUAUUAAACAGCACAGAAGUUUUUGAAGAACUGCAAGACUUUGACCUUUUAGUUCACGACACUGCUGCAUUCGGCGCUGUAUCACUUGGUGAACAUCUUGGUAUUCCAAGAGUGGAGAUUAUGCCUGUUUCUCCAAACAACCUAUUUGCUUCAUAUUUCCAUGCGGUACCCAUCCCAGUCUCUUAUGUUCCAGAACUAAUGACGGGAUUUUCUGAUAAAAUGACUUUUGUGGAACGUGCCAUCAAUUUUGGAGUAUACCUUGGAGUAAAUCUCUUCGUGUAUUUUGCGAUCGAUAGACCAAUGAAUGCUCUGAAAGUCAAGUACAACAUCAAACCUGAGAGAAGCUACCUGCAGGCUGCUCGCGAUACUGAACUGGUUAUAAUUACAGCAGAUUUUGCUUUGGAGUAUCCUCAACCUCUAUUACCAGGCAACGUGAUGGUUGGACCACUGAGUGUCAGAGAUGGUAGACCCCUCCCUCCGGAAUUAGAGAAAUUUGUCAGCAAUUCAGGGGGCCAUGGCUUUAUUAUUGUUUCCUUUGGAUCAAACGUGGCUUCAAUUCUUUCACGAAAGGCGGUAGACAUGCUAGCUGCAGCAUUUGGAAAGCUGAAACAGAAAGUUGUGUGGAGGCUUAAAGGCUACAUUCCUUCCUUCCUUGGUGCAAACAUCAAAAUAGUGGACUGGUUACCUCAGAAUGAUUUACUGGCUCACAAGGACAUCAAAGCUUUUGUCUCCCACGUGGGACACAACAGCCUUUAUGAGUCAACAUACCACGGAGUUCCGUUAGUAGCUUUCCCUCUGUUUGGAGACCAGCAAAGUAAUGCCAAGAAAGCACAACAUUUUGGCCUUGGUUUAGCAGUGGAUCAUAAAACCAGUAAUACCCAGCAACUGUUUGAAACAAUCGAGCGUGUUAUUACUGAACCAAGAUUCAAAUCAAAGGCAAUGCAUAUCUCCGGUCUGUUAAAGGAUCGUCGACGAACACCGCUUCAAGAAACCUGUGACUGGAUAGAGUAUGUUCUCAGACACGGUGGAGCCCGGCACUUCAGACCUCAAGUGCUCGACAUCCCUUGGUAUCAGUAUUACUUACUUGACGUCAUCGCUUUUAUUGUUGCUAUAGCUACCAUGGUUGUCGUGGUGAUACGAUUGGCUUGUAGAUGCCUGUGUCGUGUGUGCUGUAGAAAGGGUGAUAGCAAAACUAAGAAGGACUGAAAAUUGAGAACA